AUGGAGAUCAACAGCACCCUAAUUGAGUGUUACAACGGGAAGAACCGCGGACAGCUGCUCUUCAAUCUCCUUAUCCUGGAUGCGCCGACACCGAGCAACCUGCCGAUCUACAUCAAGGAGCUCCAGCGCCGGGGGAUUCAUCACCUCGUUCAGGUCUGCGGUCCGACCUACGACAAAAGCAUGGUCGAGCGGAGCGGGAUUACGGUACACACAUGGGCCUUCGAUGACGGCGGCGCCCCUCCAAGCUCUGUCGUGGAUAGCUGGCUGCGGCUCCUUCAGGCCGAGAAAACGCGUCUGGAGGAGGGCGAGCUGAAGACCCCGAGUACGAUCGGGGUGCAUUGUGUGGCCGGGCUCGGACGAGCGCCGAUCCUCGUUGCGCUGGCGAUGGUGGAGUUCAACGAAGUAGACCCUCAAGAUGCGAUUCUGAUGAUCCGAUCAAAGCGCCGAGGGGCGAUUAAUCAGGUGCAGAUGCAGUGGUUAAUGAAGUAUAAGCGUCGUCAAUCAAACGGGAAUUGUGUGAUGUUGUAG